GAACUCAGAACUAUAUGCAGCUUUUCAGUAGGAAUCUGUUGCCUCCCUUUGCCUCGUCUCCUGCAAAAUUCUGGAAUUUGCAUUCUUUCCAGUGGCACCACAGUGCUAGUAGCCUGCUAAAUGAGGCCACCCGAGCCUGUUGAUCCUUUAUCAGGGCCUGGUUUCCCUGGCGGCUUCUUCAAUGGCUUUUUUAGCGCGGUAUCAACUUGAUUUUUGGAUAUGGAGGUGUCGGUGAUCGGAAGCUCUCAGGCUACUGUUUGCACAAGCGAAUUAGUGCAUGGAGAGCAGAGGUUCUGUGUUCCUCGAAGACGCUCUAGUGUUUCUUUCUUUCAUCCAGGAACGAGGUGGAGCAACUCUGGCCUUCGCUUUACCUUAAAUGCGAUUCAAGCAGAACCCUUCCGGUCCGACAACCUUUCGAUUCGGGGUUGUGCUUCCAGGUCCAAAUCACUUGAUGAUGUAAGAUUAUUUGUUGGGCUGCCCUUUGAUGCAGUUUCUGAAUGCAAUACGAUCAACCAUGCAAAAGCAAUCUCAGCAGGACUUAAAGCUUUGAAAUUAUUGGGGGUUGAGGGCGUAGAGAUGCCUGUGUGGUGGGGAAUAGCUGAGAAGGAAGCGAUGGGCAAGUACAAGUGGGAAGGCUACCUUACUCUUGCAGAGAUGGUUCAGGAUGCAGGUCUCAAGCUUCAUGUCUCACUCUGCUUCCAUGCUAAUGAAGAACUUAAAAUCCCACUCCCUGAGUGGGUAUCCCGUAUUGGUGAGUCAGAUCCUGGUAUUUUCUUUGCGGAUAGGUCAGGGCAUCAUUUCAGAGAGUGCUUGUCUUUGGCUGUUGAUGAUCUUCCUGUUCUUGAUGGUAAGACACCGGUCCAAGUUUACCAGCAAUUUUGCAAGAGCUUCAAGUCUUCAUUCUCGGGUUUCAUGGGUUCUACAAUCAUAGGCAUAAAAAUGGGACUUGGUCCAAAUGGUGAACUACGAUUUCCUUCUCAUAGUCGUGUAGGCAAAAGUUGCAAAAUCCUAGGAGUUGGGGAGUUUCAAUGUUAUGACAAAAAUAUGCUUAACUUUCUAAAGCAACAUGCCGAGGCAACGGGAAAUCCGUUAUGGGGAUUUGGUGGUCCCCAUGAUGCCCCCAGUUACGACCAGAUGCCAAACUCUAACAGCUUCUUUAAGGACCAUGGAGGAUCGUGGGAGUCUCCAUAUGGUAACUUCUUCCUUUCCUGGUAUUCAAGUCAGCUCUUGUCUCACGGAAAUCGUCUCCUUUCCCUUGCCUCUGAUGAGUUUGGCGGCUCUACUGUGACAACUUAUGGCGAAGUCCCACUCAUUCACUCUUUGUUCAAAACUCGCAGUCACCCUUGUGAGCUAACGGCUGGGUUUUAUAACACAGACAAUAGAGAUGGCUAUGAGGCAGUUGCGGAGAUGUUUGCAAGGAAUUCGUGUAAAAUGAUUUUACCAGGAAUGAACCUGUCGGAUGAACAUCAGCCGCAGGAGUCCCUGUCGAGCCCAGAGUUAUUACUUGCACAAAUUAGAACAGCUUGCAGAAAGUACGGGGUUGUUGUUUCUGGCCAGAACUCAUUGGUUUCUAAAGCUUCCCAUCAUUUCGAGAAGAUGAGGAAAAAUGUGUUGGGUGAGAAUGUAGUAGAUUCGUUCACAUAUCAGAGAAUGGGAGCUGAAUUUUUCUCACCAGAGCAUUUUCCUGCUUUCACUGAGUUUGUUAGAAGCCUUAAUCUACCAGAAAAGCAUGCAGAUGAUCUUCCCGAGGAAGAGGAAGAAGUUGCUGAAUCUCUACAGAGAAGUUCAGAAUCAAGCAUUCAAAUGCAAGCUGCUUAGUAUGAAGUGCACAUGCAUAUGUAUAUAUGAAAUAUUAUUUUGCAGUUAUCAUUGUAUCAGGCAAAUCAUACAAGAGUAGUAGUUGCAUUUUGUAAAUUAUGAAAUUCUUUGCCAAAUGAUACUUUCCCUUUUCUAUCA